AUGGUGGCGACGACAGACUGCGAAAAGUCAAAACCCAUCUCGGGAAAUAAGGUAUCCAAACCACUCAUGGAAAAGAAACGAAGAGCUCGAAUAAACCAGUGUUUGGAUCAGUUAAAAUCCCUUCUGGAAAGUUAUUACAGCAGUAGUAUUCGAAAGCGCAAACUGGAGAAGGCUGACAUCUUGGAGCUGACUGUGAAACACCUGAGGAACCUCCAAAAGAUCCAGAAAUGUAAGUUCGCCUAGAAGAUCUUACUUUACGCACGACUUAAGCGCACCGACUACCACAGAGGAUUCCGCAGCUGUCUGGCCAACGUCAACCAGUAUCUGCUGAUGGCGGAUAACUUGAACGGGAGUGACCGCUGGAUGCUGUCGCAGCUCUCCGGUAACCUCAGCUCCAGCACCAUGGACAGCGGCCCGGGCCAAGCGGAGACGCAGGAGGAGGCGCGCAUGCUCCCAUUGUUUAAGGAGCCUAGUUUGGUUUUCCCCCAUAAGAGCAACGCAGAUUAG